AUGGAUCCGAAGACCAUCGCCGAGAACUGGUUGCACACGUUCGGGCUUGCCGCGUACAAAGGCGACGUCGCUGCGGUAGUGGAGACGUUUGCGCAAGACGGCUUUCUGCGCGACCUGCUCGUGUUCACAUGGGACCUCCGCACCCUCGCGGGUCACGACAAGAUCACGGCACACCUUGGGCCCACACUCGCCCCCGCACAUUUGUCUCACUUCGCUCUCGACAUCUCGCCUGCGCUCGCGCCGGAAUUCAUCACUGACGGACCGUUUGCAGGCGGCGUCGGUGCGGGGUUUGUGUUCGACAUGCCGCGCCGGCGAGGACAGGGCUAUGUGCGGCUAUUGCGGGACGCAAACGGGGAGGCGUGGCGGGCCGUCGCGGCCUGCGUACUGGUAGCGGGGCUGAAGGGACACGAGGAGCGCGGUCCGGAGCCAGGUGUAUAUGUCGCUGCUUUGUAUUUCGGUAUCCCGCCGAGGUGGAAGUCCGCUGACGCGCGGACAGUGGGGGCAGGACAGUCAGGACUCAAUGCCGCUGCGCGUCUGGAGCAACUGAGCGUGCCGACACUUGUUGUGGAGAAGGCUGCACGCGUGGGCGACCAGUGGCGAGCGCGGUAUCCAACGUUGUCUCUGCAUUCGAUCAGAAACUUCUCGCAUUUGGCGUACCAGGCGUUUCCGAGCACAUGGCCUGAGUUCGCGCCGCGCGACAAGAUGGCGGACUGGCUUGAGCAGUAUACCAUCACGCAGGACCUGUUCGUGUGGACGAGCUCGCACAUCAUGCCCGGUGCGCAGUACGACUCCGCCAGCCAGCGGUGGUCGGUCACCGUGAAUCGGAAUGGCACACAUGUCACGCUGCAGCCUGCACACAUCGUCUGCGCUAUCGGCAGCACGGGGCCGCCGCACAUCUCUGAAGUCGCGGACCAGGAUGUGUUCCGUGGGACGGUGAUGCACUCUGGUGCGUACGCGGGCGGGCAGCCGUUCGUGGGGCAGCACGCGGUGGUCGUCGGCGCAUGCCAGUCGUCGGCGGAUAUCUGCCAGGACCUCGCGUUCCGGGGCGCAGCGUCAGUGACGAUGGUGCAGCGCUCGUCGACGUGCGUUGUGGGCAUUAAAACGCCGACGGACGAGGAGCGCGCAUGGUACCCUGUGGGCGUGCCGACGGAGGCGGCGGACAUGAAGAACUUCUCCGUGCCGCUAAAACUGACGAGACGGGAGGCACUCAAGGCGAAUGCCGCAAAGUGGGAGAGGGAGCGCGCGGUGCAUGCGAAGCUGAAGAACAGCGGGCUGAAGCUGAAUAUGGGACGGGACGGGACUGGGCCGCUGUUCUUGGCAUACGAACGACUUGGAGAGAGCUCACGGGAUUUGCUCACAGGAUAUUGGUGGGACGUAGGCCUCGCUGACUAUAUCGAAUCCGGAAGAGUGGAGGUCAAGCAAGGCGUUGAGCCGAAGCGAUUCACGGCUGACGGAGUGACGUUCACUGACGACUCGACGUUGAAAGCGGACCUGGUUCUGUUCGCGACUGGUUGGUGUGAUGUGCGCGAAAGCCUCAAGGAGAUCUUUGGCAAUGAGUUCUGGUAUUGUAUGGGCGAUCUGGCGACUGUCCGAUUUGGUUCACGACAACUGACAUCACACAAUAAGCCUUUCAUAGUAGACGUCACGAACUACUACAUCAGUGUACAUACGUCUGCACGUUCUCAGGAUUGCAAGGAGGUUUAUGGUCACGAUAAUUUAACCGCUGUGGGCGUUGACCACUACCGUGAACGGGCUUCUCGACACAUCGAGUCCGUUCCCUCCGUCUACCAUGACGCGCGAACCGACAUCGCGGAGAGAGCGCUGAUGCAUGAAGAGCUCAACCGCCUUGAGAAAGAAGUGGCGGAUUUGCUCCACCAGCAGGCUUCCGCGUAUCAAAGCGUGAUGACAAUGCGUGCAGAGUUGUCUCUAGACGAUGCUGUGACUCAGGAAGCUGUGGGUGAUGGGUAUGCCACGUCGUAUGUCACUGCGGAAGGAAUUUGGGAGAAUGAAGCUGGUACUAAGUACACCGUCCAUCUCCCGCUUGUAGAAGACGGCACGGCUCCGCACGCCAAGAUCCGAAUGCCUCCCGAUGAGCAGCAGACAAUCACAGAACUUGCAGCUACGACAUUGUUUAAGAUUGUCUGGAUAUCAAAAGCCAUUGUCUUGCAGAGAAUUAUGGAGCUAGUCAGAAAGCAGAAAGCGAAUAAGGAAAUCCAGUGGAGAUUCAAUCUCAGCAUGGAGAUGGAGGACCAGAUGGCACGGUAA